AUGCACGCCCGUUCACAUAAUAAAUACAACAGCGACGGUCAAUUUUAUAAGAAAGCCGCAAAGUACUGGGCUAAUGUACCAGCAACAAUAGACGGAGUGCUCGGUGGCUACGGCCACGUCUCGGACAUUGACAUCGAGGGUUCGAAACUAUUUCUAAAUCACAUACUAUCUCUAGCUAAUCCACCGAAUACAAAAUUGGCCUUGGAUUGCGGAGCGGGUAUCGGAAGAGUGAGCAGGAACCUUUUGAUGUCUUAUUUCCAGAAGGUCGAUUUAGUGGAACAAGACGAAAAGUUCAUUAACACUGCUAAACGAUUGCUCAGUGAAGACAACACUAAAUUAGGCACACUAUACAAUGUCGGCCUUCAUAAUUUUAAACCAGAAAGGGAAUAUGACGUAAUAUGGUGCCAGUGGGUGUUGGGGCAUUUAAGCGAUUACGAUUUAAUUGACUUUUUGAUGAGAUGCAGUAAAGCGUUGACGAAAAAUGGUUUGAUCAUCAUAAAAGAGAACAUCUGUUCGACGGAGGAAAUAGAAUUUGACGAAGAUGAUUAUUCAGUAACACGUUCCUUCGAUUUAAUGAUGAAUAUUUUUGAAGAAGCAAAUCUGCACUUGAUAGCCACUAAUAUUCAAACUGGUUUUCCGGACGGUUUGUAUCCUGUGCAUAUGUUCGCUCUUGCACCGAAAAAGUAGUUGGUUGAAUAAAAAUAUUUCCGUUA